GUUGUAACCUCAUACUGCGCUAGUCUUCACGAGAUCUCCCUCACUCAUUUUUCUGUGCUCUUUUUACAAGUUGUCAAACCGCGAUGUGGGAACUACUUUUGCUGCUGCUUUCAUGUCAUGUUGCAUCUCCAGUGUUGCACUCCCUGAAGCAUGUCUACACUGCAUCCACCGAGGUCCCAAACUUCCCAGACUUUGUGGCAGUUAUGCUUGUUGAUGGAAUUCAAACAGAUCACUACUACAGCAACACCAAGAGAACAGUACCCACACAGGUCUGGAUGAACCAAGUCACAGCAGACGAUCCGGAGUACUGGAAAAGACAAACAUUGUUCACCGAGGAACAAGAGCGGAGAUGCAGGAACAGAAUUGAGAUAUUAAAGAGGCGCUUUAACCAGACCAGAGGAAUCCAUGUAUUGCAGGUGUUGCAUGGCUGUGAAUGGGAUGAUGAGACUGGAGAUGUUAAUGGUUUUGAUUUAGUUAGUUAUGAAGGAGAAGACAUCUUAACAUUGGACGUGAAUGCACAGAGGUGGAUUGCUUUAAAACCUGAACUUCUUAUAACCCAACAUAAGUGGAAUAAUGACAAAGGUUGGCUAGAAUUCAUGGAUCACCGUUUGAACCAGGAGUGCCCUGUGACGCUGAAGAACAGUUUGAAAUAUCAGAAGAGCACUCUGCAGAAAACAGACCGUCCGUUGCUGUCUCUCCUCCAGAAGACUCCCUUGUCUCCAGUGACCUGCCAUGCUACAGGUUUCUACCCUGGCAAGGCCGUUAUAUUUUGGAGCAGGGAUGGAGAGGAUCUUCACGAGCAUGUGGACCACAGCGAGCUCCUUCACAACCAUGACGACACCUUCCAGAUGAGCGUGGAUCUCGAUCUGUCGCUGGUCAAACCUGACGACUGGCCGCGGUACGAGUGUGUUUUUCAGCUCUCCGGUGUUGAGGAUGACAUAGUCAUCAAGCUGGACCCAGCCGUGAUCAAGACUAACUGGGUCAAGAAUCCCAGUGUCCCAACACUCCUCGUCACUUUGUCUGCAGUGGUCACAGUGGCUAUCGUGUUCAUAGCGGCCACAGGGAUCCUAGUUUACAAAAAGAAAAAAGCCGAGAACCCUUCCAAUUCUCCUGACAACAACACUGAGCUCUCUGAGAACCUGAAUCCAGAGACCUGAUUCCACGCAGACCUCUUGAAGUAUUCCGGCACCGUGCCGGUUCACCGUUGUAACGGUCAAAGUGUCAAAUGUAAAAAUGAUGACAUAUGAGACAAACUAAAGGUUUAGUUAGGCCAUAGGAAUAAAAAAAAACCUUGUUUUGUGCCUGACACUUACAAAAACAGUUGCCGUUCAAGUUUAGAUUAUUAUUUCAAUAAAUUAGAAAUGAGAGAUUAAAUAUUUCAUUUCUAAUUUCAGAUUUCUUAAAUUCUCACAAAUGAACACACACAAAUAUGCUAACGCACGUGUAUACACAUUUGUAUAAGAUAAGGUAUAGUUGGAUACAAACACUAACAGUAACUGUUUUGUGACCGAGCCUCAAAAAUCUGUACUAUUUUUCCAGUUAUGUAAAUAUUCUUCUCAUAUAUUUUUUACAAAACGAAGUUUGGUAAAAAUCUAAUGUAAUCUAAUC